AUCACAAAGAGACCUUGCAGUUAAAAAAUUUGAAGAAUUAACCAGCACAUAUACAAGAUUAAAACAAGAAAAUGAUACUUUACGUGAAAAAAUAAAGAAACAACUUGAAGAUAUUAAUAAAAAAUUGAAUAUUGAUAUAUUAGCAACAAAUUUAGCAGAUAAAUUAAAACCUUUAAUUGGAGAUAUUAAUUAUGAAACAGUAAAAAAAAAUGUAAAGAAGCAUUAA